CAGCCUUAAAAGGAGCCUGGUAGAUCCCAGGGGAACUGGUGUCUCCCAUCUGCAGCUCUGCACCCCUCAGACUCACGCCAGUGCGGUGGGUAGGGGUGUUGGUGGAGUCCCCACCUGCACCUGUGUGGCACCUGGGCAGUGAGCCCAGAUCAUCUCCACUCUGGGAGCCUGUGGUGGGCAGAGACCUCCCUCCAAACAUGGACCGAGUUACCAGAUAUCCCAUCUUCGGCAUCCCUCACUCAUCCCGCAUGGCCGACAGUGACACCAGCUACACGUUUGAGCUGGUAGGCGUGGGGCCCAUGGCCAGUGUCUGGAGCCAGGAUGAGACACCAGCAUGGCCCACUGACCAUGAGGCCUCCCUGGAAAUGACGCGGACAGGGACGUCCCGCAGCCUGCGUGUUUUCCCUGGCCGGACAGCCCCAUGGCCACCCUGCCCAGAGGAUAAUGAGGAUGAGGAGGUGAAGGCCUACCACCUGGAGGCUAGGGAUACCCCACACUGGCAGCCACAGAACCUGGAGCGGGAGCGCCAGGCAGUCAUUCGGGACCAGGCCGUCAGGAAGAGUGGCACGGUGGCCACGCUCCAUGGUGCCCCUUACCACAGGGAGCCCGGGGGCCCCAGCCGACCACAGUCCAUGCCCCUGGAGGAGAACGAGAUCGACAGGGAGCAAAUCGACUUCCUGGCAGCCAGGCGGCAGUUCCUGAACCUGGAGCAGGCGAACCCCCCACCUGGAGUGGCCCAUGCCAAUGCAAGGGUUCCCUGGAGCCCCCAGCCCAGGGUGGCCCAUGCAAAAGCAGGGGUCUCUCAAAACCCCCCACCUGGGGUGGCCCACGUGAAUUCAGAGGUUCCUCAGAGCCCCCAACCCAAAGUGGCCCACGUAAAUGCAGUGGCCUCUCAGAACUCCCCACUAGGGGCGAGUCAGGCCUCCAAGGCCCUGAGCAGGCCACACCUGGCCAAUGGGUAUGUCCUCCCAGUCAAACCCCAGGUGAAGGAGGUGGUCACGGAAGAGAAGAGGGUUCACCCUUUGCCCACCAGGUCUGGUGCCCAAGCCCUGGAGGACCCCGGUUCCCGGUCCAGAGAGGAGUCCCCAGAGCCCCUCAAGGAGACGCCCAUUGAGCGGGAGAUCCGACUGGCCCAGGAGCGGGAGGCAGACCUCCGAGAGCAGAGGGGGCUUCAGCGGGCAGCCAGCCACCAGGAGCUGGUGGAGAUCCCAGCCAGGCUGCUGCUGAGCAAGGUGAGCCUGGCUGCAGCACCACGGCGGGACAGGGGCCGUCCAUCACUCUACGUACAGCGGGACAUUGCUCAGGAGUCACGGCGUGAGGAGGACCACCGGCGGGAGGGGCUGCAGGCGGGCCGGGCGUCCACACCCGACUGGUCCUCCGAAGGACCCCAGCCCAGACUCCGAAGAGUCCACAGCUCAGACUCCAUCCUCAGCCCGACUCCAGAUGCCCACACGUCCAGCCCAGCCCCAGAGGUGAGGAAGGUGAGCCGUAUCCCACCUGAUGCCUACCAACCGUACCUGAGCCCUGGGAUGCCCCCAGGAGAGUCCCCUGCCUCCCACGCCUACCGCAGGCCCAGCAACCUCUCAGCAGAUGAAGCCAGGCCAGUGGGCUCUCCCAAGGCUGCAGGGUCUCAGAGGCGUCCCUCAGAAUCCUCUGCAAAGCUCUCAGGCAUGAAGCAGGAGCCCCCCCGGGGACCCCUGCAUGCCAGCAGGGGUGUCCUGAGACAGGAGUACUUCCAUCUGCGGCCCCUGCGGUUCAGAGUCCCGGAUGAACCUGAGAGAGCUGAGGCCCCCCGAGUUUGGGGUUGGGAGGUGGAGGGGGCCCCAGCACUGAGGCUACAGAAGUCCCAGUCAUCUGAGCUGCUGGAGAGGGAAGUGGAGAAUGUCCUGCGACGGGAGCGGGAGAUGGCUGAGGAGCGGCGGAGUGCUCUGUACCCUGAGGUCUUCUCAGAUGAGUGCUGUGACCACGACUGUAGGAGCUCCUCCCGCACAUCUGGCAUCACAGGCAGCUACUCAGUGUCUGAGUCACACUAUUUCACCCCCAUCCACCUGCACUCGGACCUGGUGUGGACGGUGGAGGCCCCAGCCGAGGAUGCUCUCCAGCAGAGAAAGAAGAAGGAACAGUGGUAUGCCGGCAUCAACCCCUUAGAUGAUGUCAACUCGGAGAUUCUAGAGGCCACACGGGUGACUCGACACAGGAACGCCAUGGCAGAGCGCUGGGAAGCCGGAAUCUACGCCAGCGAGGACGAGGACUGAGCCGGGGGGCUGGCGCUGCCCUGGCCCUGGGGAACUGCUGAGUCCCUGCCUUAGGACCUAGGUGCCCAUUUACAUCCACACCUGAGAACCACACGUCUCGGGCUGACAGUCCCAAGGGUGGAUGCAUUUGUGGGGUGUGGGGUUUCUUUCCCGUUUUCAUCUUCCUGGAGAAAUUGCUGUGCUUUUGGAUGACUCCUUCUGCUCCUGUGACUUUGCCAAAUGCUCUUGAGUCCUGGGAGGAAAGAGACCGGUCCCCUCACCUCCUGAUAUAAUUAUUUCCGCUGGUCUGAGAGGAAAGACACCCUAACCCUUCUCCCUCUGGGAAGUCCCAAACUGACAGGGAAGACCUGCCUGGCUCCAGGCCUCGGAAACCUCCAGUCUGAAGGAGGAGGCCUGAGCACCCCAAUCCGAGGGUUUCAUAGCCCCCUCUGCAGCACACCCAGCACAGCUCUGACGUUAUGGGAUCCCAUGGGGACAGUUCCCCAGCCCUGGGCAUUGAAAAGUGCUCGAUUUAGGGGCUUCUGUCCUACCUGAAAUAAAGCAGCCCCUGGGGUCCCUGCCUGGAGUGGGCAUGCCCUGAGCCUCCGCCUGCUUCACUUCUCCAGGUGACAUCACUGCCCCCUCCCCAGUGUGAGGCAUACAGAAGGUGCUCAAGUAGUGCUGUUCAUGAGUGAUUGUUCAGUUCUCCCACGUGGCCCCGUCAGUCACUCUCAGAGCGCUUCUUCAGCGCCUGCUGGGUCCCCAGCCCCUCUGGCUUCAGGGGCGGUCGUUGGAGAGGGUCCGUUAUUAGGCUCCGCACGUAUACCACAGGCACCACUCCCGCUGAGAUCAUUCCCGGGAAUGACCCGGUAGUGCUGACGCUUGUGUGCCUGCCCUGCCUCGAUUUCCUCCAUGCGUGGGGGUAAAGCGAUAGACCUCUUCCGCUUCCCCAACCCGGACCUCAGGGGUGAAACCCCAGCACCUGCGCCUGGACCCCAGAGGGACCCCGACGGCGGCUCCUCCCCCUCCGACCCGGACCCCCAGGCUCCAGACUAGGAGUAGCUGGGGAUGCCCACCCGCAGGGUCUGUCCCCACCCGCUGCCCCCUCCCCCCCACGGCCCGUGCCCCCUUCCAGCGCCUCCCCGGCAGGCGGCCACAGGGAAGCCGCCACAGCUAUCCUGAGAGCUAUUCUUGAGAGCGGCCCACGCGGGGCGGGGAGGCGGUGCACCCAAAAUAGCUGAGGCUGCAGGCCAGGGCGUCCCCGGGGCAGGGGGUAGGUGAGGUCGAGAGGGGCUGCGGAGGGCAGAACAGAUCCGCUGAGGGAGAGGGCCCUGUUCUCAGGGGGGCCCGAGUCUAGGAAGGAGACAGCGUCUAUAUUCAGGGGGGGAUGCCAGUCUGAUGGAGGAGGGGAACUGUCCUCAGGGGAACCCCAGCCUAGGGAGGAAGCAGGGCCCCUCUGCCCUCAGGGGGCUCCAGUCUGAGGGAGGAGGCAGGGCCUUUGUCUAGGGGACCCCAGCCUGAGGGAGGAGGGGGCCUGUGUCCUGGGGAAGCACUGGACCUGGCAGCAUGCCUUCUGCCUGGUCCGAGGUACACUUUUCUCUGGGGUUCCCACUAUUCCGUUCCAGCCCCAGGAACCAAAUGUGCCCCCCCCCACCCCCCGCCUUUUAGGAAGGCAGUUUUGGGGACUUGAAUACAACCUGGGCCUCACUGGCUCCUCCCCCAUCACCUACCACAUCUGCUCCUCCUCCACCCCAGUGCCCACUGGCCGCUCCCCCUGGCCCCGCUUCUGGCAUCCUCAGGGAUGCCAGUCUCCUGAGGUGAUUGGAACAAGCAGGAGCAGAGGGCUUAAACCAGCACAGCCUGGUUUUCUGACAGUCCUGAGGUCAAGAGUCCAGCUCAGGCCUCACGGGGCUGAAUCCAGGCAUGGGCAGAGCUGGUCCCUCUGGAGGCUUCCGGGGAGCACCGUCUCCCCACUUUUCCAGCUUCUAGAGGCACCUCAUCCCUGGCUCAUGGGCCCUCCCUCAAUCCUCACAGCCAGCAGUGCAGCAUCUCCUGUCUCUCUGCCUCUGACCCUCCCCCUCCCUCUUCUAAGGACCCUGUGAUGACACUGGGCCCGCUGGAAAUCCAGGGUCCUCCGAAUCUCAGGGGCGUUAAAUUAAUCCCUCCUGCAAAGUCCCCUCUGACCUAUGAAGUGACACGGCCACAGGCCUCAGGACCAGGAUGGGGACAUCUUUGGGGCUGUUAUUCUGCUGACCAGACGCAGAAGGACACACACUGUCUGACUCUACUCAGAGGAGGUCCCUGGCAGAGUCAAAUCCUCGGAGACAGGAAGUAGAUGGUGGGGCCAGGGGGUGGGGGAGGGGAUGGGGGGUCAUUGUUUCAUGAGGACAGUUUCAGUUUGGGAGGACCGGAAAAUACUGGAGAUGAUGGUGGGGCUGGUUACACAACAGUGUGAAUGUGCUUAAUGCCACUGAGCUGUGCACUGAGAAAUGGUUAAGAUGGUGAAUUUUAUGUUAUGUGUAUUUUACCACAGUUAUUUUAAAAAGAGAAAGAAAAAAAGUGUUGUCUCUCUCAAAGGCCUCAGAAGGACCUUGGGAAAGAUCCAGGAAGGAUGCAUUUACUUGCUUAAAACCUGAGUAUCCUGAAAAGUGCAGUGUCCUUGAAACUCUCGAUUCACCCUCAGGGGCACAUUUCAGGAGGCCGGUGGGAAGGUCUUGUUUUGAUGAUUCACUUUUGCUUAAUUCUUCUCACUGGGCUGUGCCCUCAGGGAAGGGAGGGAGAAUUCUAUUCACCUGCCGGGCUGCCCUGUCCCACAGGGGCUCAGCAAGAGGUUUUUUUGUUUUUUUUUUCUGGUGAGAGGUUUCAGUGGAGUCUUAGUGCAAUUCCCAAAGGAGGGAGGGUCUGUCUGGAUGGAGGACAAAGUGGAGACAGAGGCUGCAUCUGCAGGUCCCUGCUCUCUCUUUCCUGGUUUCCUCCCAGGUCGAGGUAUGUGAUCUGGGGAGGGAGGGAGUUUUCUCCAAGGCUAUUAGAAAGCCUGAAACAUAAGCCCGGUUUCCAGCUGACAAGCCAGAACCUUUCCUCACUCUCAGCAUUUUUUACCUUCUCCUUUGUCAGUGUUGCUCUUAUUCCAUUAACUCCUGCAGGACCACGUGGGGAUCAGGAUCCAGGAGCUGGGCUGGGGCUGUGGCGCUGGGUUCUGGUGUGCCUCUGUCACUAUCACUCCCUAUGUGUAUCUGUCAGCUUGUGCUGUGUGACAACCAUCCCUCAGUGCUCUGAUAGCAGCUGCUAUGAGCUCAGGAUUCUGUGGUCAGCUGUGGGAUUGCUGCUGGAUCUGGGGGACCCCCAGCCACACAUCUGUUGGCCUGGGUGGCAAGGGGAGGGCUGUGAGAUAACAUUUAGAUGCCCAGUUCCAUUGAAAAUCAAGCCAACCGUCAAUGACAUUUCCAGUAUGUAUAUCCCAUGCAAUAUUUGGGACAUUCUUAUGCUAAGUAGCAUAAGCAUUAGAUAGCAUCACCGACUCAAUGAACAUGAGUUUGAGCAAACUCCAGGAUACGGUGAAGGACAGGGAAGCCUGGCGUGCUGCAGACCAUGGGGUCGCAAAGAGUCGGACACAACUUAGUGACUGAAUAACAACAGCAAUAUGCUAAAUAAAUAAUUGCACACUGUCUACCUGAA